UGCGUUUUCGCCAAAACCAAACCAAACCAAACCAGGCCGGGCCACCACACUUCUAACGAGCAAGCAAAAUGUUCAAGGUUGCAAUUGUUUUGUCGGUGGCGAUGGCGGCGAUCGUGUCCGCCCAAUAUUACGGUGGCGCCGGUGCCGAAUCGUCCGGUCUCGGGAGUUAUGGCUCCGGCGAUGAGCACAAGGACUACUACGCGUAUCCCAAGUACAAGUACGAGUACGGCGUCAAGGAUGGCCACACCGGAGAUCACAAGAGCCAGUGGGAGGAGCGCGAUGGGGAUGUUGUCAAGGGCGGUUACACUCUGCAUGAAGCUGACGGCACUGAGCGUGUGGUUGAGUACACAUCCGAUAAGCACAACGGUUUCCAGGCCGUGGUGAAGCGCGUCGGUCAUGCCGACCAUCCGCAGGUGUACGGUCACCAGGGUCAGCAGCAGCAGGGGUGUUCUCAUCUAGCAUUCCAAUCAAGUGGAUCAAAAACAGUUCCCGCAACAAUGUUUAAGUUUGUCCUGGUUCUUGCCCUGGCGGUGGCCGUUUCCGCCCAGUGGGAAGGUGGCUUCGAGGGAGGCUACGGCGGUGAGCACAAGGAUUACCCCCAUUCCCACCCCAAGUACAAGUUCGAGUACGGCGUGAAGGACCACAAGACCGGAGACCACAAGAGCCAGUGGGAGUCCCGGGAUGGAGAUGUCGUCAAGGGAGCUUACACGCUGCACGAGGCCGAUGGAACCGAACGCAUUGUGGAGUACUCGUCCGAUAAGCACAACGGAUUCCAGGCCCACGUCAAGCGGGUCGGACAUGCCCAUCACGAGGGAGGUCACUACGGUGGAGAGUCAUCGUCCUUCGGAGGAUUCGGCAACGGUGGAUAUGGCCAUGGUCAUGGACAUGCCAGUAGCUACGCCAACAACAACCUGUACUCCCACCAUCAUUGA